AUGUGGCGUCACCGCCGCGCCCUGCCGCGACAGACCCCGGGCGGGCGGCCCUCGGCGCGAGCGCGGGGCGGGGCCUUUCCCAGCCCAGCAAAGGGGGGCGGGGCAGCGCCGGGCGCGGGCUACCAUGGCAACCGGAAGGCGCGCGACAGGCCGCCCUCUGCCCCGCAGCAGGUCCGCCCGGCCGCGCGGCGUCCGCCUUCACCGCGCACCCGACGCCGCCCCGGCUUCCACCCACCGCACACGGGCUCCAAACUCGGGUGCCGGGACAGGCCAGGGCUUGCUGGGCCCCAGCCUCAGAAGAGCCCGGCUCUGCAGCCUCCGCUCCGCUCCGGGUGGGCCCAGGCACCCUCAAAGUCACCCUUGGGUGUCCGGAAGAGGUGAGGGACCUGUGCCCCCGGCGGGCUCCAGCCUGGGCUCCGGAGAAGGUAUAUGGCCUGCCCUGCCUGGCAGAACUGAAACGAAGACUUUAGGAGAUCGAGGGCGGAGCCCCUCUGCCAGGAAGAAGCCCACAGGCCUUGGUGCUCUUCUCCCAGGGUCUUCCCUCACAGGGGUCCAGCCUGGCUCCCCGCCGGGGGGGUUUCUUCUGAGGAGGAUCAGGUCUGUUGACCGUCAUGCGGCAGGCGGGUGUGUCUCCGCUGUGGCAGAACGGAGUCCGAGUUAUAGCUGCAGCGGGUGGCCGUGCGGGGGUGGGCGGGGGUGCCCUGCUUCAGCCCCAGGCCUGUUCCAUGUGUCCGUGUUCCCAUUAGUCCGGAUUCCCACCCCCACCCUGCCCCACACAUAUACCCUCUCCACAGUGCCCUUGAUCUAGAUCAAUAGCUUGUCCAAAGCCCCAGUCGAUGCCCGUUGUGCGCCUCCGGCCCUCCAGGGGAAGGCUGACAAGAGGGCGCGCAGCCCCACGCUAACCCUGUGGUGUCGUUUCGUGUCCUUGCUCCCCAUGGCUCUUACGGGGGGGGGGGGGCGGGGUGUGUGUGUAAUGCUUGCUCUCGUGACCACCAGCCUUACCCUUACCCCCAUGUUCAGCUCCUUUCUCUGGGAGCCUCAACUGCCCUGGUGAACCAGAGGCUAGGAAGUGACAGGAGCGAAAAGCACCUCAUGUUUGGGGACAUUGAUGUAGAAGAGGAGCAGUUCUCUCAGAAGGAGACUGACCUCGGGGCUUGAUUAGGCAGGCCUCAGGUGGCCCCGAUAAAAGGGAUCUGACUCUCCUGGCGGUGCCUCCUGUGUGGCCAUCUCGAACCAGGCCGGACCCUCUGGGGCUGGAGGUGGAGAAGGUGCCAGCCCCAGAAGGAAAAGGGGCUGGCUGGGUGGCUAUGACCCGGGGAAUCAGUUGACGUGAUCAGAGCAGACAGAGC